AUGACUCAUGGGGAGGAGCCUGGCCCUGAGACACACAAGGAUUCAGCUGUUCUAACUUAUCUGGAAGGUUUACUGAUGCAUCCAGUGGUGGCCGGGCCUGGGGCCACGGCAGGUGGGAGGUCCGAGGCAGCCCACAGCAAUCAGGAGCAGGGCGACAAGGUUGCCGGGUCCUUCCAACUACCCAACCAUGGCCCAACAGCACCUAAGACUGGAAACAAUCGGCCCACGCUGGGUUCAUCGCAACACCUGAAGAAAGCCCGCUUGCUGUGUUCAGGAGCUUGGAAUGACCAGGGGAGCCAGCGGAUGAACUCGCCCCCAAUGGAGCUGAAUGGCCAAGUGGGAGGACUACAGAAUGGAGCCCUUGAAGGGUCUCCUAAUGCUGGAGAAAGCACCCUGUUGGCUUCCCUGCUCCAGUCUUUCAGCUCACGGCUUCAGAGCGUGGCAAUGUCUCAGCACUCUAAUAAGCCCCCCAGUGAGUGUUCCUCGCCAUCCAAAGCACCGCCCGCAGACAAAGAGCCACUGCCCGUGUAUGGGACGGCCUCAAGCCGCUUGAAGGGCCUUAUGAGGAAGAGCAAACUUCAAAACCAUAACAGCACCCCUUACAGCCGGCGGGGCCACAAUCAGGAUCGGCCCCCAGAGUCACCCCGGUCAGCACACAGCGCCACGCCUCCUGCCGCCCCCACGGCUGCUGAGUCGGUGUCCUGUGCCGAGCGUUUGAAGGCGGUGGCCAACAUGGUGAAAAUCCGUUCGAGUCCAGCACCUUCACCCAAGCCUAGUGUGGCCUGCAGUCAGCUGGCCCUGUUGCUGUCCAGCGAGGCCCAUCUUCAGCAGUACUCCAGAGAGCACGCGCUCAAAGCCCAGCUCUCCGGAAGGUCCGCCAGCGAGAGGCUAGCCGCCAUGGCAAACCAGCAGCACGGCCAGGAUAAAAAGCCACCUAGUGUGGGGGGCACUCCAGACACGGUAAGCUCCUUACCAAACCAAAAUGGAAUGACAACAACAACCACAGGAACUCCAGCACUCCCUCGAACAACCCUGUCCAGCCCCCAGAGCCCCUCUUUGCUGCGUGGCCACAGCCAAAGCUCCCCCCCCACCCCCCCACACGCUCCAAGCCAGCCUCCCCGGGAGAAGCGCGGCUUUGACACUCGUCCAGCCCGCCCCCCUCAAACAUGCAGCAGCCUACUGCUGCUGCUGCUGAACAACCACAACAACCAGAAGCAGCUGACCAAGAAUGGGCACCUGGAGGAUGUGGGCGGCUCAUCCUCAGUCACGUCAGACAGCGAAUGCUCCACCCAGGAGAGGAGCAUCACCAAGGACAGCAGUGACGCUGAGAGCUCCUACUCCAGUUGUUCCCCCAUUGACCUCUCCAUGAGAGGCCGCGUCAGUAUAGACAAUGGGCCCAAAAACACACCUCCUUCUUUGUCCUCCUCUUCUACAUCUACCUUUUCUUCCUCUUCUUCCACAGUGUUUUCUUCUAUCCCAGCUACAUUCUCUCCUCAAGCUCCUACUCAGCCCUGCACCACAUCCUUUACUCCCUCUUCUAUUGCAGUCUCCUCUGUUUCCUCUGCUAUCUCUUCAUCCUCUUCUUCAUCUACUUCUACCUCCUCCCUGGAUAAACUGACAGAAUCACUAUUAAACAAGUGGAAGCCAGAGCCAUCAGGAUCAAAUGUGUCCAAGAUCAAGGAGCCUGAAAUAAGCCCAGACCUAAAGUCCCACCCGAAGGUCACACUCAUGCAGCUCCUUCUCGAGCGCAGAAAUAAUGAGAUGGUUAAUAAAGGCGUAAAUAAACAGGAUGCACCACUUGAUAUAACUAUGGCCACCAUGUCUCGAAGCCAGCAAAAGGGACAAAUACCUUGGGAAGAGACUAAAACUGAAAGCCCCCUGGAGAGGCCUGCAGCCCCAGCCCAAUCCAUCUACACACACACUCACCCAAGUGGUGCACUGUCUCCAUAUUCCUACCCUUCCCCCCACAUCCAGUCUAGCCCACUUGAUCUGUGUAAGUCUAAAACCUUCCCUGCUGAGAAGGCUUCCGAGCCUGCCUUCAGCGCCAGUAAACUGUUACAGAAUCUGGCACAGUGUGGCACGACUUCUUCCUCCCCACCCAUCCCCUCUGGCAAAGGGCUGGGCCAGGAGCUGGAUGCCAGCAGGCCUCUUGCACUCUUGGAAAGACUCAAUGCCCCGACCCACAGGACCACCACUACACCCCUCUCGGACGGAGCUUCAGGCAGCGGUACGCCGUUCAGUCGCAAGGAGUCUUCUCCUCCUUCGCAAAUCGAGAACCUGCUGGAGAGGCGCACCGUGCUGCAGCUCCUUCUAGGGACGGGUUCAGCUUCUGCUACAACCAGCCGCAAAGAUAGGCCCAGUGGGAGUGGCAGGAGGAGUGUGGAGGGUGUGGCCGCGGGAUGCUAUGAGAAGAGCCCCACCACUUCCAUCAUCUGUGACAGCUCCAAUGGGCCCCAUUUGGAUAUAAAAGUCAAAUCGGAGCACACCGAGGAGGUUGGACCAUCUUCUGGCAAGUCUGAUGACUUGAGUGGAAAAAAGAGACUUGGUGGCUAUGAGAAAAAUAGCCCCUUCUCGGAUUCCCAGCAGGAUUUCAAAACAGAGCCCCGUCCUGCAGAGGUCAUAUCAAAAUAUGGCCUCCUCAGCCAGCUGCUCAAACAACAGACUGCUACCUAUUACACCAGCGCUGCUACGCAGGCUGAGCCACAGUCCAGGCAGGUUAAAGAGGAGCAGAGGGAGUAUCCCAGCCCCAGUCCAAAGAGAAGACGUGUCUGCUCCGAACAGACUGAUGGUUUGAGUAAUAUCAGCUCUCCAAGAGCUGUGGACAGUGGUAACACACACAUUUUCGCCUACUCUGCUACUCAGGCUCCACCUGAGCAGCAGAGGAGUCUGAAGGAAGAGGAGGGUCAACCCAGGACCCCGCCAAACGACACCCUCAGCAGAGAGAGCCGAGGCUUCAACGUGCUCAAACAGCUGCUGCUCUCUGACAACUGUCUGAAGGAGCUGUCCCAGCAGCCACGCGGGGCGCCCAGUCCUUCUGUCCUGCAGGCCAAUGGCAAAGCUAACGGGAACAUUCUCAGCCCGCCUGCCCAUAACCACAACUUCCUCCACCUACCCAGCUGGCACCCCCAUGGUUCCCUCAACUCAGGGCUUCCAAGUAACUUAAGACCACUGCCCACCCCUCCUGCAGGUGACAGCCCCAUCCGCACCACGUGGAGCCGCCAUCCAUCUCCAUGGCCUGUCACGCAAAAACGGGACCCCCACGCUGUAGUCAAACAGGAACCCGAGAGCCCCGUUCGGUGGAGCAGUCAGGAGAAAGACGAGGAGGAGCAGGAGGAGCAGGGUUGUGACUCGAACCCAGACUCUCCGCGGCUCUCGCGUUCCAACCCCAUCCUGUAUUACAUGUUGCAGAAGGGCAGCCUUCAGCUGAGGAAGGAGGUGAGGGACCCUGCUGAGGGAACCCAGUCUGCGGUCAGAGUAAAAGAAGAGCCAAUCAGUGACAUGCAUGCCUAUGAACGCAGUCUGAGCUCCACGCCUCAGUCCCCUGCCCACAAUGACAAGCACAGCCAUGAGAGCCAGAGGUUGAGUCAGUCCUCUGACUAG